AAUGAAAAGGUAAUAAUUUUUCAUAGGUUUGUCGAUUCCCAAUAAGUCGUUGAAGGAAGUUGGGGAAAGCGGUGGAUUGUAAGUGGAAGUGCUAGAGUUGGGUAGUGAGUGUGUAUUGGGAAUAAAAUAAUUGAAAAAUGACAACUGUAUUAAAGUCAAUCAGGAUUCCAACUGUCGAAGAGUUUAAUGAUAUUGUUAUUGGGAAUAUUGAUGAAAACGCAAAACAAUGGCCCUUAAUGUCCAGUCCAAUCUAUACGCUAAUGAUUCUAGCAGGCUACCUGUACUUUUGUACCUCUCUUGGACGAAACUUUAUGGAGAAAAGAAAACCUUACACACUCGACCGAAUAAUGAUCACCUAUAACUUCAUUCAGAUUUUAAUGAAUGGUUAUCUAUUCUAUAAGACAUCUUCCGUUCUAUUCUCCUCGGAUUAUUCUUUCUUUGAAAGCCGAAUUGAUAUGAGACCUGACAGACUAUUCUUCGUUUAUUUAUAUUUCAUCAACAAAUUAAUCGAUUUGUUUGAUACGAUUUUCAUGGUACUAAGAAAGAAGAAUUCGCAGAUUACAUUUCUACAUUUGUACCAUCAUGCCAUGAUGCCAAUUAUUGGUUGGUUGUACUCAGCAUACAUGGGAGCUGCAAUUUCAAUAUUCUUCGGCGCCACAAAUACUUUGGUGCAUGUAAUAAUGUACACCUACUAUUUGGCGACAAAUUUGAAUGCCGAAUUCAAAAAGUCAAUAUGGUGGAAGAGUAGAUUAACUCAGUUACAAUUGGUUCAGUUCAUCCUUGUCACAUGCCACGCACUAGUUAAUUUUCUUAACCCAAAGAGUGAAUUUCCUGGCGUAAUUGUAGCCGUGUCCGUGCCUCAAGGAUUUAUCAUGCUCAUUCUCUUCCUUGACUUCUACAAAAAGGCAUACAACAGUAAGAAUAAACAGCAGUGAGACAAAAUUCACAGAUAUGCAGCAAGUAUCAGCACAAAAUAAAUAUAUUUUCCAAACAACAUCAAGGAACUUUAUUAAAAUCAGCUUAUUUAUUAAGAGGA